AUGGCUCCAUACGCGAUCAAGGACGAACAAACACCCCAAGGAGAUCUUGACGAUCAGUCAGGAGCAACGAGGCAAGACAAACGCAUUCGGGGGAGUAAGGGGACAGUAUCCGCUCGGGACGAGGAGCACUCGGUCCACAUUCCGAUCCGAAGAAGCGGACCACCAAUAAGGGUCAAUACGAGCCGCGUGAGUUCAAGCGUGUCAAGAAGGCAGGUCAAGGCGUACGUCCGGAAAGUGUACAGCAUGGGACACCAAGUCAUCCGAGCGGAGAUCUACCAGCACGUACCCAUGCCCACAAACCUGAUAAUGUUUUCAGAUGAAGAUUCUUUACCGUUCGAUAAUCCACAUUAUGACGUGCUCGUAAUCACAUCCCCAAUCUUCCGUAUCCCAGUUCACCGAAUAAUGGUGGACACCAGAGUGUAUUCGAGCAUUUUGUACUGGACCGCGUUUCUUAAAAUGGGAAUAGACCGAAGUGAACUGUGUCCGUGCAACGACCGUAUAACGGGGUUCAAUGGACAAACAACCAUUCCUGAGAGAGAAAUCACACUACCGAUCGAACAUGGAGAAUCAGGAGCGAACGGACGCAGGAUCAUGGAGACUUUCAAGGUGGUGAAAAUGGCCAGCGAAUACAACGCCAUCCUUGGAUGA